AUGGUAACAGCUCAGGAGACUAAACCGGAUAGCAAGAGUGGAAGUAGUAAGAUUGAUCAUGAAGACAUCUCGAACCUUCCUGGCAGCGAACUUCCAGGCGAAAAGCUUAUGGGACCACCGCCUGUCGUGGUCAAUUGGGAUCAAGAUGAUAAAAAGCCAUAUAAUUGGUCUAUGACUAAGAAAGUCUAUCAUACAGUUCUCAUCGGAAUGUUUGGCCUGACCGUGACGUUUGCAUCAUCCGUUUACACGCCAGAGGUGCCGGAAAUGCAAGUUUUUAACGUCUCAGAAACAGCCGCUCUCCUUCCUUUCAGUCUUUUCUUGCUCGGGUUAGGUUUUGGACCUGUUCUCGCGGCUCCUCUUAGCGAAAAGUUUGGUAGAACAGCAACGUAUAUGAUCUCUCUUCCUCUAUUUGCUUCAUUUGUUGUUGGCGCAGGAGCUUCGCAGACCUUUGGUGAGCUAGUCGCAUGUCGCUUACUUGCUGGUAUCUUCGGCAGCCCGCCACUUGUUGUCGGAGCAGGUCCCGCACUUGGACCUUUUACUGGUGGUCCUGUAGUCCCAAGGAAGGGUUGGCGUUGGACAGAAUGGAUCAUUCUUUUCUUUGCCUUCGUUUCUCUUGCGGCUGCUCUCGGCAUGGAUGUAAUAGCAGUAGCCAUUGCUUCCGACUCAGCCACAAUGAGCAAACCGGCUUCUGCAAUCAAUGUCUCUUGCGUGGUGUAG